CAACCACUAACUAAUCAGCGAACAUGAUUCAUUCGAUAUUGAUAUUCAAUAAUGACGGAUUACCACGAUUAAUGAAAUUCUAUACUCCAGUUGAUAUAUCAACUCAAAGAUUACUAUUACAGCAAGUACAUCAAUUGAUAAGUGUACGGACAUCACAAGAGUGUUCUUUCAUAACACCUCCGAGUCUUUUAGAGGACUUGGACGAUAUCAAGGUGAUAUAUAGACAUUAUGCCACGUUAUAUUUUGUUUUCAUUGUGGAUGACCAAGAAUCAGAAUUGGGUAUAUUAGAUUUGAUUCAAGUGUUUGUUGAAUGUUUGGAUAAAUGCUUUACCAAUGUGUGUGAGUUGGAUUUGGUAUUUGGUUGGCAGGUUUUGCAAACUGUUCUGGAAGAGAUUGUUCAAGGGGGGAUGGUGAUCGAUACAAAUAUCCGAAGAAUUGUGGCUGCUGUUGAUAACGCCAAUAGCCAAAAACAGGCCGGGGUCAAUAAUGGAGGGUGGUUAUCAUCGAUGACAAAGGACAAGAUAGGUAGAUGGAGAUAG